AUGGCCGCCUUUGUUGUUUUCAAUGAUGUGGAAUGCGUCUUUUCCCUGAGUGGCCAGUACGGACGAGCACCACGAGUCUUAUAUUACGGCCUUAUUCUAUUCGUCGUCGGUUUCAGACGACAAGACUGGCUGACUGCAGGAGCAGCGGCAGCUUGCCUGAUCUAUGGUGGCACUACUGCUAUUCAUGCCUUGCUACUUGCACCAUCAUUAGCCCUAGCGAAAUCCUCCGUAGCUGAUGGUAUCGUCACACGUACGAAUGGGUCGAAUAUCUUCGUCAAAGCUCUCGCAACUGAUCUGGACACUGAUGCCACGCUCGCAAUCAUGGGUACGGGUUUCUUGAUUGUCGUCCCGAUGGCUCUCUGGUCGGCCCAGUUCCGCCACUCCGGAGCAGUACCCAUCCUCGUUCUCUGGAUCGUCUUGAUGUUCGUCGGCAUGCUUUGCUGCAUGGCGGUGAUGUACGGAGUGAACGGCUCUGGAACUGGCCCUCUCUUACAGCAUCGGUUUUGCACUCCGGGAUACAACGAGACUUUCCCAUUCAGCGGCAACCCUGCGCCACCAGCCAACAACUGGAACGAAACAGUCUGGACCUAUUUCGCGAACUCAACCUUAAACCCGCCAAGUUGUAUCUACCCCUGUCUUAGUGCCACAUACUUCCUACGUCAGCCGGGUGAUCUCCACGUCGUCAAAUUCGUCGAGAUUGAAGCCCCAAGCCCGCUAUACUGGGGGAUGUACAUCCUGGCAGCUAUCAUUUGGUCCUGCGUCCCCCUAACCAUUAUCUUCAGCAUUACGAUCUUGAUGCUGAGAAUGCGGGGUCAUCGCUCCACGUCAUCCUCUAUUCCCUUGCAUUCUCACCCUCUCAGCUUGAAGCUCAGGGGAUUAAAUUAUCUUGUCAGGGUGCUCAACUUUUACGGGAAGGUAUUGAUGCCAUUUGUGUUUGUCAUUUUCUUGAUCUGGGUCGAGUGGAUCCUUUCGUAUGAUUUGCAGAGUGAGGAGAUGCAGUUGGUGGGUCAAUGGGCCCCGUUGGUUGGUGCGGGGCUGGUUUUGGUUGCUGCUUUCGUUGGCAAAUAUUGGCCCAGAGGAGAGAGAAUGCUGUUCAGACUUCGCGAAAGGAGGGAGUUGGUAAUUAGAAGUGAGAUGAAAGAGGGGAUGCUGGAGUCACUGUUUCAAGUUUGGAAGAAGAGGAAUGAGAGGAGUGCUUGGAGUCAUGUGGGAAUCGCAUUGUUACAGGGUGAUGAUUUGGAUUGA